AUGCUUCGUCAAUUUGUUGUCCGCCCUGCCGUCGCUGCCAACCGGGCAGUCAUGACCCGUUCCUUCUCCGCCGCCGUCCCUCGUAUGGGUGAGGGUGACACUGGUGCCCCUCGUGCCGGUGCUGGUGCUAGUGCUUCCUCUGGCGACGCAUUCACCCGCCGUGAGGCCGCUCAGGAAAGCAUUUACAUCCGCCAGAAGGAAUUGGAGAAGCUCGCUGACCUCAAGAAGAAGAUUGCUGAGCAGCGCAAGCACCUCGAUGAGCUCGAGGGCCAUAUUGACGGCCUGACCCGCGAAUAG